ACGGACACGGACAAACGAAAAACGCAAGCGCACGUUACUGUAUUCAUACAUAUACGAUCCGGAUGGACGACGCACGACCUUUCCGACAAGGGCGACAAGACAAGCGCAAACGUGCCGCGUGCUUUUUGCUCUGCCGCCGUUGACGACGACGCGACUGGCCAGCCCUUUCUGUCACUCAGCUCGCCUACUUUGAUCACACCCAAUUGCCGCACCACACACCUCCUCUACCACUAUUCUUCGUGCUAUCACUUAACAGCUCCCCCUCCUCCCCUCCCUCCUCCACCCCGAGUUGGUACAGGGGAUGGCCGCCACUGCACCAGCCAUAGGCUUCAACGCGCUUUCCCGCGAGUUGGCGAGCUACACUCUGUCUACGCAUGCGCUCAUGACGCCGCCUGCGAGCGAGCGGGGCCUUUGGGCGCGAAGUCUCCUGCCAUCCCACCCGCAUCUCCAUCCGCAUUCGACGCAGGCCGACCAGGACCACGAAGGCUAUCACCACCAGUAUACGCACACUGAGAUGGGCAUGGAGCCGCGCACGUCUCCUGGAUCGCAGACGAGGCAUUCGUACCAGGGACACAGUCAGCUCUUGACACCCCCAGACGACACCUCACCAAUGGAUUCUGAGCCCAGAUACCGGUAUUCUACGGAUGGGCACCGCAACGCGUCGGAUUACGCGCUUUCGCAUCCCGAUCCACACCGCCAGUCCGGGGUGCGACAUCCAACCCCGCCGCCACCACCCCCAGAGCCCGAACAAGAGCCGGAACCGCUCGCGUGGACGCGUGAUUGGCUGGCGCAAUCGAGCUCCGCGCGCGACACGGCGCGUGUCGUUGCGGAACGCACUUGCGAGAUGAUCUGCUAUCUAUGGUCGCCCCGCCGAAGCGCAAGGCGGCCGAAGAAACCCGAGGAUGCGGACAGGGAUCGGCUAACGGGGUCGAAAACGAAUGGGCGCAGCUCGCCGCCAGCGCGACGUUUGUGCGGUUCGUGCAAAAGUUGCUCGAGACGACUCAGGUGUGUCGCAGUCGGUGAUUGUGCUCGCGCUACAUUACAUCCACCGUCUCCGCGUCGCCUCGGCCGGGGACGCGAACCAAGCUCAAGCUCAGCCGGGGUCGGAAUUUCGCGUUGCCGUCGCUGGUUGAUGAUGGCGAACAAGUUCCUGGACGACAAUACGUAUACGAAUGCGACCUGGGCGUCAAUCUCGUUGAUUUCCACUUUCGCAAAUCAACACGAUGGAGCGCGAGUUUCUCGCAGGCUGCGCGUACUCUUGUACGUCAGCAAAAAGACGUACGAGGACUGGGGCCGGCUGCUGCGGGGGCCUCGUCGGCGCAGAGGCGUCGCCUCGAGACGCGGGGUCCGACACACGCACCCGCAUGCAGUAUAUGCUACCCCAACCGCAGGACUCGCCGUGCUCCAAGUCCUAGCCCCGCGAUGCGACGAUCGAAGGGUGACGACACAUUUGCGCGUGAACGAGCGGAAUGGGCGGAGGCUGAAUGGAGAUUGGAUCGAAACGAUCAGCGGCCGCUGCGUUCAGGCGCCUUCGUACCAACACUCUCAUCCGCCUUCGCAUCCCCAACGACCUGCCCCGACGGUGCUCAUUCCCUCGUCUUUCGGGGUCGACCUCGGCGCUGGAUUCCGCGGCGUUUUGCCGUAACGCGAGCGCCGGAGCGCACUCGUAUUCCCCCGUUGAAGGGCAGCCAUCGUACCACUAUCCUCAUCAGCAACACUCCCCGGCGUUGGGGACAGGGCGGCGUUUACACCGUUGAACAUUUCGGAUCGUUGUCUCUCCAGCAUGAAGACGACGAUGGACGGAAGCGUGCGCGCCCUGUCUCGUAUCACCUUACACCCGAAAGAGAUCGAGGGCGCAGUCUGGGUUCAAAUGUGCCGCCUGCGCCGAGCACGUUGUGCAAUACCCGCCCCAGUAUGCUGUGCCGUCCUCUGUAGGAACAACCCUCGCACGGUCCCUCUGGCACAAUCGCACCCGCAUGCAAGACAGCCGAGCUUUGGAUCCGGGCGUGGACUAGGCCUACACUUGCUGCUCGAUAUCGAAAUAUGACUAUGCGGCAGCCGGUAGUGGUGUUGAGAAGGACUUGUACUUUUACGCGCUUGCUGCGUCCACCCAUGUCAACUGCCGGAUCCCUCCAGGACGACGACCACGACGACGACGGCAGCAACUCUUCUGCUGCUCGGCACGAUGGACGGAGCGAAUGGUCUGACGAGGAUGAUGUAGACACGAUGACGGACGACUAUCGUUCUCCCCCGCCGCGAUCCCGGUCUCGUGC